CAUAUUAUACAAUUUGAAUAAUAAAAUAUGAGUGUCAAACGCUGUGGUAUUAGCGUGGGCAGUCAGAGAAAGAAACUCUGUGUUUCCGAAACCUAUUUCCACAAAUGCUUGAGAGAAAGCGGUUUGAUCUUAAAGCAUCCUCCGGAAAAGUGCGAAGCGUCCGAGGAAACAGUUAAAAUAGUGAGGAAUUUAGAGAAAACCCUCAAGAACCAUAUGAACUAUCCGCGCAAUGUCUCUGAACUGCUCUCAGACUUUGAAAAAGAGUGCAAAGACCAAAACAUCUUGCAACAUUACGUGUUCCUUAACAUCGUUAGGAUCACCGAUGAAAACUGUGAAGGUAGCCCCAGAGUUAGCCAGAGUGUAGUCAGAAUAUUGCUAAGCAUUCCUAUAUUGCAGAAGAAGCUCACAGACUACAUAUUCAACAAGGCAAUAGAUUUGGCCGCAUUAAAUGCUUGCGGGCCUUGGAUCCAGAAGAUUCUGAAGUGUUUCUCAGGUUUAGAUCAGAUCGUAGAUCCGCAAAAAAUCGCGACGUAUUUAAUAAAUUUACUGGAAAUUGCGUCAGAGAAGCCAGUGAAGUUGGAGAUCAUUACAGCAAUCCCGGACAUCAUAGGCGAUCAAGAACUUGAUAAUGUAGUAACAGAGCUGAGCAGGAUUCUGCGCGAAGACCUAGAGCUGGUUCCGGCCAUAUUAGACUGCUUCACCUAUCUCAGCCUCUCCGAUGAACAAUACAGUCAGCUGCAGCAGAAAGCUCUGGCCAUCGUCAAAAAUAUCCCCAAGUGUAUGUACUAUCCCAAUUUCGUGAGGUUCCUUCUUAGUGGAAGAGCCAAUGAAGGCUCAUCCAUGGAAAUUGUCCAAGGACUAAGAGAUGGCCUAGGCUGGCCCACAUCCUUAGCCUCCCCUCAAGAAAUAGCCACAAGCCAAGUAUUAACUGCUGCAGCAAUCAGAAACUCCAUGGUAGGAUCCAAAGCUGUAGUCAAUGCUUGGCUGAAAGUGGUUUCAAAUUGUAAAACUGACACAGACCAUAAACCUAUCGACUUCAUCAUACUCUUAAUUCUCUAUUCAACAUCAGAAGAUAAAGAGAAGCUUGUAGAAACAUUAAUUAAAAAGCAGGUAAAACUUAAUAUUCUUAAGGAGCCCUUGAUCAACAAUGUGUUUGAAAAUUUCGAGCCGGUUUUGAAAGAUCAAUUCAAUACAUUAAUCAGGCUGACCAACUCCCUGAUGCGGAUUCAUUCGGAGCCUUUAGUGAUAUCAUUAGCGUCACAUAUUUACGUUCUGAUGUUCUCCCAUGCUCCUGACAGACAGACUAUAGUCGCGGAGUUGCUGCAUGUUGGCUUAUACAACAAAGAGUGUCUCAUGAACACUUUGGUUAUACUGAACAAUGUGGCAGCUAAAGACAUGGGCCUCUUGAAACCUCAGAGCUUGCAGAUGCUGAACCUCCUCGACUACACGGACAAGAUGUCGCUAAACGAGUUCAAAGCCGUCGUCAACAUCGUCUGCGGACUCGCCUACAGCUACGAGAACUCAGUAAUAAGAGACGACAUGCACAUGAUCAUAAGAAAACAACUCGGGACUUCUAGACUUAAAGUGAAAAUCCAAGGCAUCAUAUCCGGCGUACAUGCCAUCAAAUACCUCAUAGCAAAGGACGACGAUGAACCCAUGAUAGAUUUACCUGACGAUGUCAGUUACGGUUUCACUACACUUCUCUCUACCGGAGACCUCAGAGAAGCUGCGGAAAUCAUAGAAUUCAUCAGCAGAAGUACAUCCAACCACCCUGACAUGACAGCCUUGUUCUACGACGAAAUGUCUGACGUCAUAUCGUCAGCAACAUGCGUGAGCAAAAAUUUUCUAGCUUGGCUCACCGACGCCGCCACCAAUGACUUGCAGCAAAACUUCAUUGUCGAUAGCAUAAGUAAACCUCGCAUAAAAAACUUGAAGCUGACGAUGCAAUAUUGUCUCAAUGCUGAAGGAGAGAUGGACGAAGUUAUAGCUAUUAAUAUUGGUGGAAUAGCGUUAGACGAGAAGGAAGUCAAUGUAGCUAUACUAUCUCCUCUCUUCCGAUUGGUGGCGACGCUCCAUUCCCGUCAGCAUGAGGGAGAUCUAUCCACCAUUGACGCGUUGCUGGGGUGCCCUGUUGUGAUGCCAGAGUUUGACAUCGACGAAAUCGAAGAACUGGACAGUACCUCCGUCAGUGGCGUCCUAGAUUGCUUAAUCCAUUGCACAAAUUGGUUCAGAGAGUUAUUGAACGCUUUUGCGAUACAAAAUGACGCCAAUUUGACUCCGAAAAUCCUUAGCAGAGUUCAACAAGUUCAAGAAAUGGAGUCGUUGAUAUUAAAUAUUUUGGUAAAAGCGAAUAUCGCUUACAAACCUCCCGUUUGUGCUUUUAAUGUUAGCGGGUACACGGGGAAUCCAGCUGACAGAGGGGUAGUCAAGCCAGCGCCCAAGCAAAAGCCUCAAAAGAAACCCGCGCACAACGAUACUGUAUUACCAGAGACGGCUAAGACACAACCAACACCAAAUGCGCCGAUAAAGAACAAACUGGAAACUAUCCACAAGUUGCCACUCCGUGAACUAAGCUUGGAUCUGCUCAAUCUGCUAAACAAUGAGCUGUCAGACGGAAUGGAGAAUCUAAACAUGAAAUCCUUAAAAUUCCUACUAAUGUGCCUGAACGCUAAUUUGGAAAAGAUUCUCAUCUCAAAAGUGAAGAGAAUUACUUUCCUCUCUAAACCAGAAGACUGCGUGGCUUACGACGCAAAAAAGGCGGAAGAGUGCGCAAAGACAGUCAAUGAAGUUCUGCCGAAGGUGAUGUCUCAUUUGGAAACGGUGACCACGUAUAUAGGGAGAAACUCUUCUGAAAAUUCCCAAAAUAAGAGUGGCUUCAUGUACCCACCAGAUCUCGAAGAAUAUCUGACAUGCUUGGAAUACAUGUACAUCUUCCUGACUACAUACUUCAAAUGGAUCGGAUUCAGGAACCACAAUAUCGCCUUAUUUAAGGUUUCAUUGAGAACUGUAUCAAAGGACAAUCCUGAUGCAGUUUCUUUAAAAGAACUGCUUCUAGGUGUCUCAAAAUAUCUCCAGAAGCAUGAGAAAUACUGUUUACAAUUAUCUACUGCAGUGUCUUUGAUAAAUUUGAUGAAAACUUUUCAAGAAUACUCCAGCAGUAGUAUUCUAGUAAAGAUACUAAGAGACAUGGCGAAAAAUUUCCUUUCUCAACAAUGGAAAACCUUUGACGGCGUACCAGAAAAGGGUCUAGUUUUCAAUCAGAGUGUUGACAAGUUAUUCCAAAUUUAUUUCACAAACAACGAGGUAAUUUCCUUGAAAAAUUUAGCUCUCCAACUGAAUACAGAAAUUCAGAAUCUCAAAGGAAAGAACGAUACGUUAGAGACAUUCAAGUGCAUCAAUAAAAGCAAUUUUCCUAUUCUUUAUAGGAAUUUAGGGACAGCAGUGCACGAGGCCGCUAAAACGCGGCUGAACCAAGGCCUAACGAACGCCGAGCACUUAGAUGUAUGGAAAGACGUUGCCACUGUUCUGAAGUACAUGUCAGAUGUCGCCAAAACUUUGGAUAACAGGAACAACUUGCUCGCCUUCUUCAAGAAGUCCCUACCAAUUUUGAAACUCUUCAUUUCACAGGGCGUUCCUAUGAUGGAGUUGAAUUUUAAAACGAGAACGCAGGAGGUGUUGGAGGUGCUGAAGAUUAUGCAGCAAUCGACUAGGUUCCUGCAGUCGCUCUGCUGUCACGCUCGGAUAAAAAAAGACAUGGCGCUGAUGAGUAAAGUGCCAUAUAUGAGACAGAUGUUGGAAACGUUGGUGUAUAAAGUGAAGGCUGUGCUUGCGGCGAACAAUUGUUCGGAAGCGUUUUGGAUGGGGAAUCUGAAGAAUAAAGAUAUACACGGUGAAGUGAUCGCCACGCAGGCGAGCCAGGGGGAGGAGUCGGUGGAUGACUGCGAUGAGCAGCUGCCGGAGGACGAGAGCGGUGACAGUGACGAUGGUGACGUUAAUAGUGUCAGUGACAUUAUAUAAGAAAUUUAGUGUUUAAACAAUGCCAUGUUUAAUUUUAUGU